AUGGAGAAACACGAGAAGAUCUUCCUUAAGAAGAGCUUUGUAGUCAUUACCGGCUCCAGUAGAGGACUAGGGAAAAGUAUGGCCCUACAUUUUGUUGGAAAGUUCCCUCCUGAGUCUGUGUUUGUACUAAUGGCCAGGAAUGUGGAGGCUUUGGAAAGCGUCAGGACCGACUUGGUAGAAUUGGUUCCGGAAUUAACAGUUUUAGUUAAACAAUAUGACCAAGGGAAUACCGAUACUGGAUAUUUCGAUGGAAUAUUUGACAACCUUCUUCCUGAAAACAAACUGUCCACCGAUGAUUUCGACCAGGCCGUGAUUGUUCAUAAUUGUGCUUCAACCGGCGACAACGAGAAAACCGCACUUCAAUUGUGUGACGCCAACCAUGUACGAUCUUUCUACAACAUCAACCUGGUCGGAAUGAUCCUCCUCAACACAAGCUUUUUUAGCUUAUUUUCCAAUCCGGCACGAUCUCGAAUGGUAGUCAACAUUACCUCAGGAGGUUCCCAUAUUCCAACACCGUCGCUUAAUCUAUAUUGCGCAGGUAAGGCUGCCCGUGAUAUGUUCUUUCGGGUCCUUGCCACAGAGGAGCCGUCCAUCCGAAUUCUGACGUACUGUCCGGGUAGUGUCGACACGGUGAUGCUUCGAGAUCUGGAAAGAGAUACGUUCUCAGAACCACUAAGAAAGUUGUUUCAGGACGUGCGCCACAAUAACAAAGUGCUGACACCAGAGGAAGCGGCGUCCGACCUGGUUCAUGUACUGGAGGACAACACAUUUGAUAAUGCCAUAUACGUAGACAACUAUAUUCAAGGAGCAAAGCCAUACCUGGACGAAAUGGAGAAAAAACAAUAA